CGUCGCUGAAUGCGCGGUUGUGGCUACUAGCAAACGCUAACAACUCGUUGAAACAAUAGUUGUUACAGAACAUCUAUAACUAUUUAUUUAUUUAUUUAUUUAAUUUCAAGUAUAUUUGAUCAGAGCAACAGGGAUGUCUCUGGAGACCGUCCCGAAAGAUCUGCGUCAUCUGAGAGCGUGUCUGCUAUGCUCUCUCGUCAAGACUAUUGAUCAGUUUGAGUACGACGGAUGUGAUAAUUGUGAAUCAUACCUGCAGAUGAAGGGCAAUCGAGAGAUGGUUUAUGAAUGCACAAGCUCUUCUUUCGAUGGUGUUAUUGCUAUGAUGAGCCCAGAGGACAGUUGGGUGGCAAAAUGGCAAAGAACCAGUAACUUCAAGCCAGGUGUCUAUGCAGUAACAGUAACGGGUCGGUUACCUCCAGGUGUGGUGCGAGAGCUGAAGAGCAGAGGCGUCAUCUACAGAUCUAGAGACACGGCUGUUAAAACAUGAAAACAGAAGUUUCUGGAUCACUUGUUUGUAAAGCUACACUCUUAACCAGCUGUUUUAGUUAUUACUGAUCUGUUAUGUAAUUUAAUGUCUUUUGAUUUUCUUUUUUACUUGCUUUUUUGGUAUUUAAAACGAUUAUGGUUUUAUAAUGGAUAAAUGUACUUGGUUUAAACAUGAAUAAAGUUUUAUAAACAU